AUGUCCAAACCAGGUCGAUACCUCCUCGUCUCCCUCCCGACCUCCAUCGUCCCCUCGCACCACCGCGACGACGCCCUCGACGCCGUAUCGGCCACGGCGGUGGUGGCUAAGGUUGGCGAUGCGUUGAAGAAUAUCCUGGAGGGCGAUGAGGCGCAGAUCGAGCGCAUGAAGGUCGUGAAUGAUAAACCGGUUGAUCAGUACCUGCGGACGUUCUCGUGGAAUAAGGUCAAGUAUCGUGCGGAUAAGCCGCUGGCGGAGUUGAUCGAUCUGCUGCACAAGGAAGCUGCUAGCAUCGACAAUGAUAUCCGGUCCAAGUACUCGCAAUAUAACCAAGUUAAGAACACGUUGGCUACGCUCCAGCGGAAACAAACAGGAAACCUCUCCACAAAAUCCCUCGCUUCCAUCGUCGACCCCCGAUCCAUCGUCCAAGACUCCGAAUACAUUGAGACCCACCUGAUCGCCGUGCCCUCCCAGCUAGUCAAGGACUUCCUCAAGACCUACGAGACCGUCGCCCCGAUGGUCGUUCCCCGAUCCGCACAAUUGCUCGCUGAGGACAGCGAAUUCUCUCUCUAUGCCGUGACUAGCUUCAAGAAGCACAGUGUCGAGUUUGUGCACAAGUGCCGCGAGCAGAAGUGGAUCCCGCGCGACUUUAAAUACGUUGAGGGUGGCAAGGAGGAGGAGCGUAAGGAGGUUGAGCGUGUUGGUGGUGAUGAGCGCAAGCUUUGGGGGGAGACGCUGCGGCUGGGGCGGACUGCUUGGAGCGAGGCUGUGAUGGUCUGGAUUCAUAUUUUGGUCCUGCGGGUGUUCGUGGAGACUGUCCUGCGGUAUGGACUUCCGCUAGACUUUGUCUGCGGUCUGAUUCGGACACCGUCCUCGAAGCACGCGGACAAGGCUAAGAGCAACCUCGAAGAAAAGUACUCAUACCUGGCGGGCAAUGCCUUUGGCCGAGACAAGAAGGGCCGCGUUAAACGGGACGACCCGAGCGAGAUGCAUGCGGGUGCUGAAGGAACCGCAGAGUACACACCAUAUGUCUACUACGAAUUCGAGUUCCAGUGA